AUGGGUCGUAGACCGAACCCCCUGAUCCUCGAGUUCUUCGAGCGCGGCGCCAAGCUGAACGACAACAGCAACAGGUACCAUCAUCGUUGCAAGGCCUGCGGCGAGGACUUCCCCAAGGGUCGCAUCGACAGCCUGACAUCCCACCUGACCAAGAAGUGUCCUGCCAUCUCAGAGGCUGAGAGGAUUAACGCUUGUCUCUCUCUGCACGGCAUUAACAAUGGAUCCGGCAGGCAGAAGUACGACGGCCUCCUCCACUCUGGGCCCAACACUGGUCCCAGCUUUGGACAGAACCUCUCACAUAACCAUGACCAGAACCAGAGCCAGAUCCAGGACUCUCUUUGGACGCCUCUGGAAACCCUUGCCGAGGUAUCUCGUCAGAUAGAAGCUAGCGAGAAACACGACGACCAUGUGCCGACCAUCCAAGAUCCCACGAGCGAAGCUGUGCAGACCACUCUGGCUGCUGCCCUCCCUGCGACCUUGGCGCCUGGGUCGAACCCAUUCGAGCUGCACGAACAAUUCACCCUGGAGAACCCGCCCAUGAGCUAUGAGAAUCGACCACAGCGCGACAAGAAAGAUGCAUCGCAACAGUCACAGACUAUCCCGCAGAAUGAGCUUUCUGCCGAGGAGAGACUUCAACAACUCUUCCAAAGCACCGGCUCUCCAACUCAGUCGGCUCUCUCCGUCGCAGCCGCUGCCACCGCUCGACUGAACCCAUCACUGCUCGACCCCCAGCUCGACCACCAAAUCCUGACCGACGAAACCAUUGCGGAACACAUCGCUCAAUCAGCAGCGUCAACUGAGAUGAUGAUCGACUAUCCAGAGCAUGAAAAGUCACCACAGCCAGCACCUCCGCCUGCACCUGUGAACCACAAUGAUUCUCUGACGCCCUGGGGAGGUAUGACAUAUAUGCCAGAUGACAUCCAUGCGCCAGCAACCGUCAAUGAUCAUAGUUCACACAUGGUGCCCACAUUGAACAGGGGCGGGUUCCGCAUGGAUACUACCGACAGUCCGAAUGGGCCGCGCUACCGCCACAGCAGGGCGCGAUUCGACUCAAGCCGUCGAAGGGAAGUCCAGGAAGUCCGUCGCAUCGGAGCAUGCAUUCGAUGCCGAAUUCUGCGAAAGACGUGUUCCAAAGGUACGCCGUGCGACACCUGCAAGAAGGUGCUAUCUCCGCGAGUCUGGCGCACAGGUUGUGUCAGAACCAAGCUUUCUGAGUACAUUGACCUAUACUCUGCUGGCGUACAAGUCGUCAUGGCUCAGAAGCGUAUCAAUGGCUACAAGAGCUCACAUCAGCUUGAAAACGUCCUCAAUGUGGUGGAGGUUUCGCACUUCCCGGAGACUGGCCACAAGGUCGUCUUCCAAGUUCUCCAAGGCUAUCCAAAGGGUGGCGAAGGCGAAAAUGGCGACAAUGGUCAUGUCAAAGUGGAACCGCCUGGACCGGUCAUCCUACUAGACAACAAUAAGGAGGACGUCCCGGGAAAGGUCGAAGGGUACAUGCGUCGUAUGCUACCUGAGUUCAUCAGACGUGAGCCGUCUUCCCAUGUGCGUGUCACUCUGGAGGCGGCAGAUCAGCUUGCCAAAGACACCAAUGACGAGCUGCUGAAGCGAUCGCUAGAGCUCUGGGGAAUCGUCGAAAUGAUGGAUCGCGAGCGUCAAUGGACCAUGCUAGUAAAGUCGCCGAGAGACGAAGUUCCGGACUCGUGGAUCAAGGACGAAACCGAAUGCGAGGCGUAUUCUAACAUAUGUAUGCAGCUUACUGCGGCAGCUGAACGCAAGGCGUCUAUAGCCAGCAAAAAUUUGCUCAACGGAAUCCAGCGGAACCUGCAAGACGGCAAGACGAAACUUGGCUUCCCCAUGUUUCUCACCGUCAUACUAUUCCUCAAUUGCGUUGAGAAGACCACUUGGGCUUUCAAGGCCUGGGAUGAGGAGAACCUGCGGCCGAAAUGGCCACUGGAGAAGCCACCGAGCAACUAUACAAGCCAGGGACAUGGUCUGACCGAGCUUCUAAGAAUGCUGCUUGUGAUCCGGCAUAUCCUUCCCAAGACCAGCCAUCCAGACCCGGAUGCACCAAUCACAACUGAGGAGGAUGAUCCUAUCAUCGAGAAGUACUUCCAGGAUCUCAACAUAACCCCUGCGUACCUGCAUAUGCGUCACGAGCAGAACAACUUCCAGCCGACUGACUCUCGGUCGCUCGAAUUUCUCUUCUGCGCUCCGCUCCUGCUCAAUUACGUGCCUGCUCCCCAAGCAACUCCCCAAGGUACGCCUCAAGGCACACCUCAAGAUGCCCCUCAAGGGCCGCACCUUGGGUUUCCAUCUGUGUGA